AUGAAUGUGUACAACACAAAUAUCUCGGCCAGUUUGGUAAUUGGUUCCUUUACAAAGACCGUUAUCGGGUCAAUCAUAGAAUGGAGAAGAGUUAGAGGGAUUGAGGAAACAGUUAUAGUGUCACUUAAUGUUGAUCCUUCAUCAAACGAUGUAUCCAACACAUGUGGAAACGACACUUCACCCUGCUCACACAUCUCUGCCGCCUUGUCUGCAUACAACGUUGUGUUGAACAGUACCACUGAGCUGUACCUAUACCUUGCCCCAGGUACUUACGUCGGCUCUGGAAACAAUACCAACUUGAUCAUAUUCAACAUCAAUGUCACAGUUGUUGGCACGCCUGGCGAAUCAAUCAUCGACAUGCAGUCACAAGGCCAGUUUGCCUCGAUCCAGGAGCCUCCAAACACUCUAAUGUUUGAUCGCACCAAGUUACACUUGCACAACCUUACCUUUAUCAAUGGUAACCAUUCCUCUGGAGGUGUGGUCUCGGUCAUCACAGCGUUCACUCCUUCCUACGUCUCAUUCAUCGAUUCCAACUGCACUGGCAACAAUGCUGAUCGUGGCGCAGUCCUCUACCUCGACUCGACAGUGCCCCUAAAGAACAUCGUGGACAUCAAGGGUUCAGUGUUUGAUAGUAAUGUGGCCGAGAUAUCCGGUGCCGUAUACUACAACACUGAGCGUGGCGCGUUACUCAACGUCUCCAACUCGUUGUUUGUGCGUAACCAAGCAUUGUCCUAUGGUGUCUUUGUGUCAGCCAACGACAGCACACAGUUUGUCAACGUCACCCUCAUCAACAACUCUGGUGCCACUGGCAUCCUCUCCUUCGCCUACUGUGCCAACCAACUUAUAUUGAACAACAUCACCUUUGUCGACAACCUAAACAUGCGAUCUGCCGGCUUGAUUCGCUCGCUGAGCUGCGACGUGGUAGUGUCCAACAGCUCAUUCCUUGCCAACACUGGUGGACCAGUUAUACAGGCCGAGGACAUUGAACGCUCCAACAACCAGAUCGAUAUCUCUGACUGUGAAUUCUCCAACAACGUCGGUACUACAGGUGGUGCGCUAAUGUUAGCCGACUAUACUCGCUCCUACAUCACCAACACUACAUUCUACUAUAACACGGCAGACCAGGGAGGGGCUAUAUUCUUCAGCAAUCCAUACUCUAGCUACAUCUCUGACUGUGACAUAUCGUACAAUAGUGCGAGUGUUGGCGGAGCCAUAUACAUUGAUGAAUCGAUCAUCUCUGUCAACUUGUCCUCGGUAACGAUGGACAGCAACUUUGGAACAACAACCAACUCAUCCAUCUACUGCGACGAGUCAUCUCUUUCGCUCAACAACGUCACCACCGACACGAAUACCAACAAGUUUGUCUAUUGCCAGACACAAGACGAUGAUGGCAGUCACUUGUUUGGCGACAAUGACGACGACUACACAUGUCUAGUGACAGGUAACAGUGCCAACAAUAUGUGCUAUGAUAAUGAUAAUGACGAUGGAGACAAGGGCGAUGAGAUUGGCUUUAUAAUUGCAAUUGUACUUGGUUCUGUUGUUGGAGCAGUUGGACUAACUGGAAUGAUCUUUGUACUCUAUCGAAGGUAUCAAAGAAGGAAUGUAACAACACAAUAUCAACCAAUUGACAACACAACUAGUAUUCACUACAUUGCCGAGUCGUCAUCAUCCUCUUCAACACAUUACCAAUAUGAUGGUAUUAAUUAA